AGGUAACAGCAAGAGAGCUUAGCCAACGUCAGCGAUUCUUAGAACCAUUUCUCCGCGAACCCGUCCCCUUUUAUCUUCUUUUCACUGCGAUUCGAUUUUUUUCUUAGUCCUCCGGCUAUUUCCAUAAUUCUCUCAAUUUCCUCUACAUCAUGAACCACUUCCCUCAGGCCUGGGGCCGUCCCCGAGAUGAUGUUUACGGCGCCUACAAUCAUUCAUACCUCCAGAUGACCGGACCGAAGCAGCACACCCAGUCGCCGAUAGUAACAGGAACAUCAGUACUCGCAAUCAAAUUCAAGGACGGUGUGGUCAUUGCCGCAGAUAACUUGGCAUCAUAUGGCUCCCUCGCUCGCUUCACCGACGUCAAGCGUCUGCGAACUUUCAACGACACCACGGUCGUCGGCUUCGGCGGCGACGUCUCGGACAUGCAGUAUCUCGACCGCCUGCUUAACUCGCUCGACAUUGAGGAGAACUAUUAUCCGGAGGGCCACCGCCUCAACGCGCAGAACCUGCACACGUAUCUCACCAAAGUCAUGUAUAAGCGCCGUUCUGAUUUCAAUCCGCUGUGGAACGCGAUCCUAGUUGCCGGUCUCGAUGGCGAAGAGAAGCCGUUCCUGGCUUAUGUCGACCUUUUGGGAACAAGAUACUCGUCCCCUUCGCUUGCGACUGGAUUCGGUGCCCACUUGGCUCAGCCUGUCCUGCGAGAGUACGUGCCGGAUGAAAAGGCAGCAGAGAACUUGACGCAAGAGACGGCAGUGGAGGCGAUCAAGAAGUGCAUGAAGGUUCUCUUCUACCGGGACGCCCGCAGUUUGGACAAGUACUCGAUAGCUGUGAUCACAAAGGAAGGUGUUGACCUCAAGGAGGAUGAGAAGCUCGAGAACCAGAGCUGGGCGUUUGCUGACCGUAUUCGUGGCUAUGGUGCGCAGGUAGUCUAAGUUCUUGGUCUCUUUUAUUCUAUUAAAGUUGUUUACAUUUGAUGGGCCGGUUACGGUAGAUUCUUAAACUAGGGAAGCUUUUUCCCUUGGCGGAGCUCUUCAGAGCUCACUCCUAUUGCAUGAUGCUUCAAAUUUUUCUCCUAUCGGCUGUUCAUUUUCAUUUCACCUUAUGAAAUAUCAAUUUACAUUUCCUUUCAGAUUGAAGAUCAUUUCAGUACAGUUGCAUGACAUGGCUAUUGUAGACUGCCUCGUAAUGCCCCCAUGUUCUGGUUGAUUGGACAUGUAGCAUAGGGUUUGAGAAAAGGAACAUCCAUUUGGGCGUUCAAGCUCCUAAAACAAGGGCCCUCUGCCAAAGCAUUUGCGGACAAGGUGUUAAGAACAGUAACCGGUUUCUUGAUAUUCAAAUUGUCGUCAUUUGCAGUUUCAGUUUAAUAGGCCAC